AUGGAGAGAAUAGACGUUCAUGUUCACUGUGUGCCACCGGCCUAUCGCGAGUACUGCCUGCAGAAUGACUUUGCGGGAAAAGGGCAUCCAGAUGGCAUGCCAGCAAUCCCCGUAGGAUUUACGAAAAAUGCAGGAGUGGGACCCGCAAACUCAUAUCGACUUGAUGAAGCACUUGAACAUCACCAAAUCCAUUUGAGCAUCUCGUCUCCGGGAACUCAUUUGACGCCCAGCAAUGACGAGGAGGCGCGGUCUCUUACCCGCCGCGUGAAUGUCGACAUGUCCAAAAUUUGCACCGACCAUCCAGAUCAUUUUCUAUUCUUUGCUUCGCUUCCACUGCCGGAUGUUGAAGGCUCCCUAUCCGAGAUUGACUAUGCGCUUGACCACCUGGGCGCAGUCGGAUUUCAAAUUCUGACCAACUCGCACGGAAUCUACCCGGGAGAUCCACGCUUCAGCCGAGUUUUCGACAAACUCAGUAAGCGGAAAGCUGUUGUUUUCAUUCAUCCAACCAGCUGCAAUAUUCACAAUUGGCAGGAUGGGUCUGUGACCUCGGAAUUCAUGUUUGAUUCGACACGGUCGCUCAUGAGUCUCCUCACAUCAGGCAUGGUAAAGAGAUGUCCUGGCAUUACAUUCAUGGCAUGUCAUUGUGGAGGCACAUUUCCACCGGUGAUGGAGCGGAUUGCCCAGUUCUCUCAAGUUUUGCUCAGUCCGGAGCUCCGAGUUACUGGGGAGGAGGUGAAAGAGAUGCUCCAAACGCGAUUCUUCUUUGAUCUUGCUGGAGUGCCAUUCCCUGAUCAAAUACACGGUCUUCUUCGAUUGGUGAAUUCGUCAAGACUAUUGUAUGGGAGCGACUACCCUUACACACCGGUACCGGCCGUACUAGCAUUUGCUAAGAAAAUGGAUGACGGGUUUGAAAGUGAUUUUUUGUCUGAAGUGAAAGAGAAUGUGUAUCUUAAAAAUGCCCAAGAGCUUCUUGCUAGAGCUCCUCGCCAUUAG